AUGAGAGUGAGUGAGCCUAUCGCGCGAGAGACAGCGGCCGUCGAUGCCCAACCUGUUGGAGCUGCCCUCUCCGCGAGUCCGCUCUCGUCCAGUCUGAACCAGUGGAUGAGGGAGGCAAGGAGCGAGAACCGCCAGGGCCGUCAUGUUAUUCGCAAGGGUUGCUUGGGGUGUACCGUGUGCUCACCAUUCAGAGGACUCAUCUCACCUCUUUACUUUGUAUCUUUCCUUCCGUUUUUGGUCAUCACCAUGGCUUCGCCCAUCAAGGCUUUAGCCCUCCGUCCACUGCCGUCCCACGCCACCUUCCCUGCUUCCUUCGGUGCUUCUUCAGCCACUGAACAAUGA